AUGCAAUUGUUUAAUAGUAGGCACGGAUGUGGCGUUGAUGACCCCCUCUCUCUCUCACACACACACUUCGCCAUUGUUGCUGCUUGAGCUUUGAUCCGAUGGUUCUACCGAAUGCGGCAGCCACAAUACUUCUCACGGCACUCAUUACACUCUCUCCUUUCGCCUUCUCUUCUCUCGUCGACGAUGCAUACCCAUCCCCAUAUACCGCUGCGAUGACAUCCUGCGACCUCGACGAGGGCGGCAGACUCUCCCCUAUCCGCAGAGAAGUCUACGAUGAGGGUCGUAUCAUCGACAUAAGUCACCGAUACCACCCUGACAUGCCUUCAUGGGGAUCGGACGACGGCCUUGGAGAGUUCCUCCGGCUUCCCGCAAGUAUGAAGAACGGCUCACUCGCCAACAAUUCCGAGAUGAAAAUCCCCACACAUACUGGGACCCACGUGGAUGCCCCAGGACACGUUUAUGAUCACUAUUUUGAUGCCGGUUUCGAUGUUGACACGCUUGACCUUCACGUUCUCAAUGGUGAGUUUCACUGAGCAAAGAUUUUUUAAUUGAGUGUAAGCUGUUUGAUUUAAUGCCUUAAUGAAACUUUGAGCUUUGUUAAAAAAUAAAAAUACUAUCUUCUUAAAAGGGCAACAGAAAGAAUUUCCAUGACAAAAUCUGUUUCAUUUCUACAUUCAAAAGAGUAAUAAUUCUGACGGAAGAAGUGAAAGUAUUGUUGUUUUGCGAUAAAUAAAGUAAGGGAUUUAUUUGGUAGGCUUUCAACAUCCAAAAAAAACAACAAUAACUUCAAUUAAAAAGAAUUUCCUCGUUGAUUUUCUUGAACUUCUUUCAUCUGCAUAAAUUUCUUGACUUUGAAAAAAGAUUUCAUUCGAUCUCAAAAGUGCAACUCUCCAUUGUAUUUUCCCUUUCCUUUUUCCAAACAGAGUGAGCUUGUAGCUUUCUCUCCAUGUGUCUUUCCUCAAAAUAGUGUCACCUAACAAGAAUAGUUUAAUCAUCAUUUAUCAAAAUAGCAUACAACGUGUCAUCAAUUUAGCAACAUGUCACGUAUUUUCUUGGACUUUUGUGACUUUUGUGAGGGGACAACUUUAAUGUGCUCAUAAAAGAUCGAAGCAUGAAAAUGAAAGGUGAUGCUUUUCCACCACAACCACCCAUCUAACUUCUUCCAAAAGAUCAUUCGAAGAGAUUAUCAAGAAAGAUGAACCCUAAAUUGAUAUUUAUCUUGCUUAUUAUACCUUAUGUGUCAUCUUUCCCACAAGAAAACGCAUACCCAUCUCCAUAUAGUGAAGAAGAGUUGAUUCCUCCAAGAAGGGAAGUAUAUGGAAGUGGGAGAAUUUACGAUAUUACCCAUAGGGUUACAUCUGGAACACUCUCGGGGGUAUCUGAUGAAGGAAUUGGGGAGUAUCUUACACUCUUUCAAAGCAUGAAAAAUGGAUCAGAUUAUAAUUUCUCCAUCAUAAAGUUACCUGCUCAUUCUGGAACUCAUGUAGAUGCACCUGGACAUUUUUAUGAAAAUUAUUAUCAAGCAGGGUUUGAUAUCGAUAGUCUUGACUUAGAAGUACUCAAUGGUCCAGCAUUAUUAGUUGAUGUUCCAAGGGACAAGAACAUAACAGCUGAAGUUAUGGAGGCCUUGAAGAUUCCCAAAGGAGUAAUGCGUGUGCUUUUUAGAACAUUAAACACUGAUAGACGAUUAAUGUCCCAAACAAGAUUUGACACAAGCUAUGUGGGAUUUAUGAAGGAUGGAGCCCAGUGGUUGAAAGACAACACUGACAUCAAACUUGUUGGUAUUGAUUACUUGUCGGUUGCUGCAUAUGAUGAUCUCAUUCCUGCACAUCUUGUUUUCUUAAAGAGCAGGGAAAUCAUUCUUGUUGAAGGUUUGAAACUUGAAGAUGUGGAAGCGGGAUUAUAUAAUGUCCACUGCUUACCCUUAAGGUUACUAGGAGCAGAAGGAUCUCCCAUUAGAUGCAUCCUAAUCAAGUGAUACUAGUAAUAGUAAAGCAUGUUCAUAAAUAAACUAUGUUUCUUUUCAACAACUUUCCUUUGUUUUUUGACUUUUCAUUGUAAACUAGCAGUUAGUUCUUGCAAAAGUACAAAAACAGAUACUGUGGUUUUAUAUAAUAAUCAGGUUUGGUAGAUCAUGAUGCACACUUAUUGCUUGCAUAUGUUUGUAGUUAAAUAUGAUAGGUGCUGCAAAAAGACUUUAUUAGAAACCAAAAUCAAGC